UGCCGCUACUGUCCACGUGCUUACAGUCUUACUGAUUAUUCCAGUUUUUCAUCAUAUGAGCACGAAAAUAACGUUUCAAAUUUUGUUUUGCUUUAAAAAUUAAAUAGAUAUUUGCAAACAUGGACGAUAAUAAUAAAGUAAAAUUUUUAAUUGUGGAUACGAGUGCAUUCAUUAAAAAUGCUCAACUCCAGGAUAUUGGUGAAACAAUUAUUACGGAACCGAGUGUGAUUGAUGAAAUCAAAAGUAAGAGACAAUUGAAGAGAUUGGUUGUUCUUCCUUAUGAUCUAGAAGUUAACGAACCUUUUCCAGAAGAUGUACACUUUGUCACUGAAUUUUCCAAAAAAACUGGUGACUAUGCAAGUUUGUCUGCUACUGACAUUAGAGUUAUGGCAUUGACGUAUCGUUAUGAGAGAGAACGUGUUGGAGUUGAUCAUCUCAAAACAGAACCAGAAAGGAAAAAACAAAUUAUAGACAGUAGCAUUCGCAAUCAUAACAAUGCUCCUAAAAAUGUAAUUCCAUCAUCAAAAAGUGAUUCUGAUGAUACCAAAACAUCAAACAGUGCAAUUGAAGAAAAUAAUGAGUCUCCUGCAAAUGCCAUAAUUGAGUCUUCUGAGAAUGGUUCUGAAAACAUUGAAGAACCAAAUAGUACACUUGAAGAAAAAAAUGAGUCUAGUGAUGAAACCCCUAAGACAGUAAUAAGUGAUGAUUCUGAUUCUAAUGAAAGUUCAGGAUCAGAAUCAGAAUAUGAUGAGGAGGCAAGCGACAGUGAGGACACAGAUGACGACAGUGGCUGGAUUACUCCAUCCAACAUAAAGGAAGUAACAAAACAAAUGAAUUGCACAGCUGUCAAAGAGAAAGCUGCUACUGUUGCUUGUUUAACUAUGGAUUUUGCAAUGCAAAAUGUUUUAAUGCAAAUAGGAUUGAACGUUGCUUCUUUGGAUGGAAAAGUUAUCAAGCACAUGAGAACGUUUAUCAUGAGAUGUCACGCUUGUUUCAAAACAACACCUAAUGUCACAAAAGUUUUCUGUCCUCAUUGUGGGAAUAAGACCUUGAAAAAAGUAGCUGUUUCAAUCGAUGAUGAAGGCAAACAAAAAAUUCACAUUAAUUUUAGAAAAAAAUUGAGUACCAAAGGCAAAAGGUUUUCACUUCCAACAAUGCAAGGGGGUAAACAUGCAUGUAAUCCAAUUUUAUGCGAAGAUCAGCCUGUGCCUGAUCAAAGGCCUACCAAGCUUGGAAGAAAAAUAAACGAUCCCUUAAAUGAAGAUUAUAUAGCUGGGUACUCACCUUUUGUCCUGCAUGAUGUAAAUUCUAGAGCUGCAAUGCUUGGUAUCAGAGGGAAUACUGGUCUUAAACAUUGGCAAAGGAGAAAUCCUAACCAGCCUAUGAAGAAUAGAAAAAAAUAGAUGAAAAAGAAUUAUUUUACUUCUUUAUCAAUAUUUGUUAAAUCAUAGAAAUAGUUCAUUAGUUAUGUAAAUACUUAUAAUAAGUAUUUUGGUAUAAAUAAAAUUGUUUUAUUUAAAA